AUCUGUAACCAUGAUUUGGGAACUGCUCAGUUGCAGUGCUCUGUUUCUUGGAGCUGUGUCAUCUCCAUUUUCCCCUCCCACCAUCAGUUCUCAUGAAGGACCCUGUCGCAUCUUCAACUCCGGCCUGUCCGCUGACUGCCGCGGAAAACAGCUGGAUUUUGUCCCAUGGACCCACUUUCCUAAUACGCUGCAAAGCAUAGAUCUCUCUUAUAAUGGGCUUCAGUCUAUCAGCGCUGCUGACUUCCAGAACCUCCCUCAGCUUCGCAUCCUUCUGCUGGAGUACAACAACAUUUCACACAUUGACAACGAUGCCUUUAAAAAUAACCCAUUACUGGAGGACCUGAACAUUUUUAAUAACUCACUGCAGGAAAUUCCUGCAUCACCUCUGACAUCCCUACUGAAUCUGAAGAGACUCUACAUGUCAAAUAACCUUUAUAAACAUGCAACUUUAGCUGAGAGCUUCUCGAAAUUAGUCAGACUCCAAGUUUUCUCUAUGGGGGGCCCUUUAGUGAUGGGACUAAAGAAAAAUGAUUUCCACCCCUUGGGGAACAUCAAGUUACAAGCUUUUGCUAUCAAGUGCUCAUCAAAUUUAAGUUACUAUGAGCCAGAAAGUCUAAAAGUCAUCCAGACAAUGAAUAUGGGCUUUGACAUGGCGAUAGAUCAGCGACCAAAUGUUCUACACCAUAUGCUACAGGAUCUCGCCAACAAGACGUUCAGCGUCAUUCAGUUUCGUAACCUCUUUGAAUUCACAUACUACAUGGGUGAGGACGAUAUUUUCUCACAUUUAAAACACAUUAGAGCGUCUCAGCUCAUCUUUCACAGAGGAAAGUUUAAUGAAAAUCUCCUGAGGAUGGCUUUACUGAACUUGCAAGUAACUCCCAUCAAAAAACUUAGACUUCAGUACAUUGACUUUGCCCGUUCACCAACAUUUGUCGACAAUGGAGCAGGUUCCAGCAUAACCAACUUGGCACUAGAUAACUUGGACAUUUGGUAUAUCAGCAAUCCUGAUGUGCUGCGAUUUGACUGGCGCUUCACCUGGUUCAAGAGAAUAAAGGAGCUGUCUAUUCAGUAUGUGUAUUUCACCAGCGUGCCUUGUGACUCCUGGACGGAGAUGGAAGGUGUGGAGUUACUGGAUGUCUCCAACAAUCGACUGAAUAAUGACGUUCUCUACAACAAGCGGUGUAGUUACAGGGACAGCAUGCCAAAUCUACACACCUUCAACCUGAGCACCAAUGAACUGACCAGUUUAACAGACAUAUCGUCUCUGACAAAGUACUUCAGGAAGCUGCGAGUCCUGGAUCUGAGCAACAACAAACUGGGAGCUGCAAAUAAAAGCCUAAACUGUGACUGGACACAAAACAUAACUCGUCUCAUUGCUCACCACAAUCAGUUUGUUAGCGAAACCUUUAAUUGUUUACCUACCACGGUGCAUUACUUGGAUCUGUCUGAAUGCAACCUGGACCAGCUGGACAUGACCUACUUUAAGAAAGCCACUAAUCUGAAACAUCUCUUACUGAGUGGGAAUAAAAUCAAGUUCAUCCCAUCUAGGUGGGAGAGUCCAUCUCUUCGGUUUUUAGCUAUGGAUGGAAAUUCGUUUGGUUUGAUAAGCAUGGCGUCCUUCCAGCAUAUGCCUCAGCUGUCUCAGCUGAGGGCAGGAAACAAUCCUUAUCAUUGCACCUGUGAGCUUCACACAUUUAUCCAGGACACCAUAGCGAAAGCCAAGGUUAAUCUUACUGACUGGCCUGAGAACUACCGAUGCUAUCACCCAGAAGCUUUCCUGAAGACCUUGAUAUCCAAAUACUUCCCUGGUCAAGUGGCGUGUGACAUCAGACUCGUUAUAAUCAUCUCUGUUGCAACCACUGCCGCCGUGAUCCUGAUAUGUAUUCUAAUUUGCUAUAUUUUUGACCUUCCGUGGUACACUAAAGCCACGUAUCAGAUUAUACGGGCCAAAUACAGAGCUCACAAGGAAAAUCUAGCAGGGGACGUUGGGAACUUCAACUAUCAUGCCUUCAUAUCCUACAGCCACUCGGAUGCUGACUGGGUUAGGGAGCAACUCUUGCCCUGUUUGGAGAACAACAAGAACCCCUAUCGUCUGUGUAUUCAUGAGCGGGACUUUAUGCCAGGAAGAUGGAUCAUUGACAACAUCAUUGAAAACAUCGAAAGCAGCCGUAAGGUUAUCUUUGUCCUGUCCCGGCACUUUGUGAACAGCGAAUGGUGCAACUACGAGCUGUACUUCGCUCAGCAGAGAGCAAUGGGAAAGACCUUCAGCGACGUCAUCCUGGUGGUGAAGGAGCCCAUUGAUCCAAGCUCCUUGCCCAGCAAGUACUGCAAGCUGAAAAAGAUGCUGAGUACCAAAACAUACCUGGAGUGGCCCCAACAGGUCAACCAGCAGCCCUUUUUCUGGGCGCAGCUGAGGAGUGUUCUGGGUAAACCUACCGUGACCCGUGAGGGGACCAACAGUAUCAGGAGCAGAAAUUCAGCUACAGGAAUUUCUGUGAUUGGGCCUCUUGUUGAAGAAAGGAGGCCAGAAGUAGGCAAACCUGAUGAAGACGCCGCUGAAGAAAUAAAUAAUGAAAAUAUUCACAGAAAUGACAUUGAACUAGAAGAUCGAAUAAUUAUAGAGGCACAAUGUGAUGAGAGCAGCACCAGCGCUCAGAAACUGUCUGCGCCUCUGUUUAGGACUGCAAAGAUGUCUGCCACUCUGCAAGGCACCAUGGAAGACCUGAUCAAGAUGUUCUACCACUAUUCAGGAAAGGAGGGUGACAAGUACAAGCUGAACAAGAAGGAGCUGAAGAACAUGCUGCAGGUGGAGCUCUCAGAGUUCCUGAAUGGCUCAAAUGAUUCCUCUAUGGUUGAGAAGAUCAUGAAUGACCUAGAUGAAAACAAAGAUGGCGAGGUGGACUUCCAGGAGUUCGUGGUUCUGGUUGCCGCGCUGACCGUGGCUUGCAAUAGUUUCUUUGUGGAAUACCUUAAAAGCGAGGAUUGCUCAAAGUAAUGUGGGAAGUGGCUUCAGUACACUGAAUGUGCUAAAAUAAAAAAAUCAGUUAUGUGACCCACCCAUAGCGUCUUGUAAUCUGACAAAUGGUCUGCCUUGAUCUGUCUAGCUAUAGUCUGCCAUCUGUAAUAAAGAUGUAGUAUUUAACCCGUGA